AUGGCGUCGUCGUUCUUCUUCCCGCGACCCGAUACCCUGAAGAGGGGCUUCAACACCACCGGCAGCGGCCCCGCAGGCACGCGUGGCCUGCCGCCCCCGUUCCGCCCGGAACUCUGUGUCGCGUACUCCGUCGUCGAUGACGCCAAGGGCAAGGCGCAGAAGCUCAGUGCCGAAGCCCAGAAGGAAUUUGAAAAGGGCACCGCAGCGGCCUCCAGCGCCGUGUCCAGGAUCACGCCCCCGGCCAAGGCGCCCGGCAUCGAGCUGUACUCGGGCAGCUACUACGCUGCGUGCACAUUUGGCGGCAUGCUGGCGUGUGGUCUGACGCACACGGCGGUCACGCCGCUUGACCUCGUCAAGGUGCGUCGCCAGGUCGAUUCCAGCCUGUACAAGAGCAACGUGCAGGGCUGGGGCCUGAUCUACCGGGCCGAGGGGCUGCGCGGCAUCUUUACGGGCUGGAGCCCCACGCUGUUUGGCUACUCGGCGCAGGGCGCGUUCAAGUACGGCUGGUACGAGUACUUCAAGAAGACGUACUCGGACAUUGUCGGGCCCGAGCGCGCCCACACCUACAAGACGAGCGUCUACCUGGCGGCGUCGGCGUCGGCCGAGUUCUUGGCCGACAUUGCCCUGUGCCCCUUUGAGGCGGUCAAGGUGCGCAUGCAGGGCAGCCUGCAGUCCCCGUACCGCGGCACGUUUGACGGCAUCAGCAAGAUCAUGGCGGCCGAGGGCCUCGGCGGCCUCUACAAGGGCCUGUACCCGCUGUGGGCGCGGCAGAUCCCCUACACCAUGAUGAAGUUUGCGUCCUUUGAGACCAUUGUCGACAUGAUUUACGCGCGCCUGCCCGGCGCCAAGAGCGACUACGGCAAGGCCGCGCAGACGGGCGUGUCGUUUACGGGCGGCUACCUGGCCGGCAUUCUGUGCGCCAUUGUCUCGCACCCGGCCGACGUCAUGGUCAGCAAGCUCAAUGCGUACCGCAAGCCGGGCGAGGCCUUUGGCGCCGUGGUGUCGCGCAUUUACGGCGACAUUGGCUUUGGCGGCCUGUGGAACGGCCUGGGCGUGCGCAUCAUCAUGAUCGGCACGCUGACGGGUCUGCAGUGGAUGAUCUACGACUACUUCAAGAUCUUCAUGGGCUUGCCGACGACGGGCGGUGCGCCGCCGCCGGAGCAGAAGAAGUAG